ACCACUUGAAAUCGCACACAUUUUCAGAUCUGAAAAUAAAAAUAAAAAUGGUGAGAGCCUCCUCCUCUUCGAAAAAGCCACUGGUUGCUGAAACCCCAGAAGCCACUGAACGGAAAAGACUGAAGAAAUUAGCUCUGAAGAACCACUUACUCUCCGAGACACCGGUCGCCCCCAAAUCAUUUUCUCCCCUCAGCCCAUCCAAGCAAGUCAUCAAGCACCACGGAAAAGAUAUCCUCAGAAAAUCUCAAAGGAAAAACCGUUUCCUCUUCUCUUUCCCUGGUCUCCUUGCUCCCAUCUCUGGUGGCAAGAUCGGCGACCUCAAGGACUUGGGAUCAGAAAACCCUAUCCUCUACCUUGAUUUCCCCCAGGGCCAAAUGAAGCUAUUUGGGACCAUUGUGUAUCCCAAGAAUAGGUAUUUGAGUUUGAUGUUCUCUCGCGGUGGAAAGAAUGUUAUGUGUGAGGAUUAUUUUGACAACAUGGUCCGUACUUUUCUUAUGCUUUAGGAUUUAUCGCUCAACCAGUGUCGU